AUGACUUCGCACGUUUCUCCCACCUCCCCAGCUGCAGGAAAGGCCACGAUCCUUGUCCUUGGAGCCGGUUGGCUAUGGCAAUUUCUGGAGCCGGCUCUCAAAACAGCAGAGAUCACAUACGUCGCCACCACAACAAACGGGCGGGAGGGCACCAUCCCUUUCAAGUUCGAUCUGGAGUUGGAUGGCCUGGAGGAGGCCUUCAAGACGCUUCCUUUGGCGGAAUACGUGCUUGUCACCUUCCCCUUGAAGGGGAAAGGGCUCUCGAGGAAGUUGGUGCACAUGUAUGCAGAGACGCACCCACAAGACAACUCCACGAACUCCGACCGGGCUACUGCAGAGACGAAAUUCAUACAGCUCGGCAGCACUGGGAUUUGGACGUCUCCCGACUUCGUUGACAGCCACUCGCCCAUCGAUCCGGGAAAUGAGAGGGGAAUUGCAGAAGAAGAGCUCAUCUCUUUGGGUGGUUGUGUGCUGAAUCUUGCGGGCCUGUAUGGCGCACAGAGGCAGCCGGGCAACUGGAUUGCGCGUGUGGCAAAGACGAAGGAACAGCUCGGUGAGAAAGGGGCGCUCCAUUUAAUCCAUGGGAUGGACGUUGCAGGAGCGGUAAUCGGGGUCAUCAAGACAGAUAGUCAGGAUGUUGAUGAUAGUGGGCAAUUGUUUGGCAGAAGAUGGAUUGUCGCCGACUGUGUGAGCUACGAUUGGUGGAGCAUCGUGUGGGAUUGCAAUGGGGACUCCCGUGAAGAAGACUGUAGAGACCAAGAGGACGCAUCACAACACACGAGACGGGAAGAAAGAAGCAAGUAUCGACGAUGGGUGAUGGAAUUGAUGCAGGACAAGGGUGUCAAGGCGCUGCCCAGACCGCUCGAGGCACUGGGUAGGAGACUGGAUGCCCGCGAGUUUUGGAAUGCUGUUGGAAUUCUACCAGAGAGGACGUUGAGGAGAUGA